AUGGCAUCCUCUCUUAAGCACGAAGUCUACCAUUAUGGCACGGACAGCAUUCUCCAGAGAUUGGGAAUAUGGCACCUGGACACCACAGUCAACCAAAUCUCGAUAUCUAAGUACUGGGUGAUAUACAUCCACGGCGGUGUCUGGCGCGACCCCCUCAUCAGUUAUGAUACCUUCAUCCCCACCAUCGACCGCCUUCUCUCCCCAGAAAAAGCCAGUUCAUCACCAUCGUCUGUUACUGCCUUCGCCUCCAUCGACUACCGCCUCAGCCCGCAUCCGGAUUUCCCCCAGGACCCGUCCACCACGCCGCCCAAGGAGUACCGGAACGCCUUCCAUCCGGACCACAUCCACGACGUCUGGUCCGCGCUGCGCUUCCUCCAGACGCGAUACGGGUUCGGCGGGAAUUACGUCCUAGUGGGUCAUUCGGCCGGCGCUGCGCUGGCUUUGCAGCUCCUGAUGGGUUCCGUGGCUCUUAAGGGUGCUGCGGCGCCGACGGAUGUCGAGUUGCCAGCGGCGAUUGUGGGGAUGGAGGGGGUGUAUGAUUUGAAAGGACUUAUGGGGCGGUUUGGGCCGGGGUAUGGGGAUUUGUUCAGGGGCGCAUUUGGUGGUGAGGAGAAUUGGGACGAAGUGUCGCCGAUGAAGUUUAAGGGGGGCUUCGGGUGUAAGUUGGUUGCACUGGGGUGGUCGACGGAAGACGAGUUAAUUGACGAGGCGGAGAUUGACGGGAUGGCGAAGGUUCUCGAACGGGACGGAGUCAAGACGCUAGUUUUGAAGGACCUGAAGGGUACACAUGACGGGACGUACAAAGAUGGGAGGCCAUUCGCGGAUGUCAUUUUGAGGACUUUGGAAGAACUUGGACACUGA